CCCCCUUCGACAUCUCAAGAUGACUCACGAGUCCGUUUGGUACUCCCGGCCCCGCAAGUACGGCAAGGGUUCCCGUGAAUGCCGUGUCUGCGCCCACCGCGCCGGUCUGAUCCGCAAGUACGGCAUGAACAUCUGCCGUCAGUGCUUCCGUGAGAAGUCCACCGACAUCGGUUUCACCAAGUACCGCUAAGCAAAACAAAAAC